AUGAAUUCAUUCAACAUUUGUAAUUCAUUUCCAAUGGAAAUCAAGGAAUUGGGAAAAGAAACAUCUUUUAAUUCUGAAAAAUCAUUAAAUGCAUCAGUUUCUAAAGUAGUAAUCCCUUCUCCAAUAAUUAAGUGGACGGUAGAAGCUUUAAACUCUGCAAACGCACCUUUACUAACUGUUCCUGUUCCACUAACAGUAAGAGUAUUUGUUGUGGAAUCAUACGAUGAUGAACUCAGUUAA